AGAGGGUAGUUUAAAAUUGUUAUUAUAAUUGAAUCGAAACGUUUACUGAACUUUUAUUGAAUCGAAAAUAUGAGUUUAUCUAAAUAUCAAAACCUUAAGAAAUCAAAAUCGCUGUGCUCAUUGCAAAACGAUGGUAAUAAUGAAAGGCUCCGCGUGCAUCGCACUAGCGAAUCUUCUGUAGAAUUGUACGUUAUGAUGUCUGACUCUGAUGACGCGGUGGAGGAAGGUAAGGAGGACAGUGGCUUCGAAGAAAAAGUGAUCAAUGGAGAGAUACUGUCUUGCUUGGAACAGAAAAUCGAUAGGCUUAGUGAUAUGUUCCUAGAGCAGUGCAGAUUGUUGACCACCCUUAAGGAAGAAAUACGCAACUCCAAAGCCACAAUUAAGAAAGCAGAGAAUGCCCACAACCAGGUCUUCUCUGAACUAAUGAAGAAUGUUUUUUCACAAAGAAUUAAAGAUCUAGACAAAGCAGAUGCUUCCAGCAUGAAAGACCAAUCAAUCAACGUUCGCGCCAAAACUUUACUGGAUGCUAUUGAAUCUAAGCGCGGGAUCUCCAUGGACCGGGAAAUCAGCAAUGCUCUAGUCAACUUCUUGCAGAGCGAGGAGUUAAAAGAACAGAUGGUACGAGCCACGGCCGAAUCAGUGAAGGAAGUGAUCGGGAGUUGCGUCUCAAGUGACUGUUCAACUUUAUACCUGCCUGUGUUGGAACGCUCGCAUCGGCGUCUUGUGCGGCACAUCACCAAAGUCAUCGAGGAAGCUUUUAUUGAAUUGGAAGAAAACUCGGCUUCCCUAUCGAAAUCCGUGUAUAAGACGUCAAAAGUUUUGCGUCGUGCUUUGGAACGACACCAAUCUAUAGUGGAAGCCGCCAGUGAUCCUGAGAAGAAUCUCAUCAGCACACUCCAAUGCUCCGUCGAAGAAUUUCUCCACAAAGAACUAAAACAAUGGCGUCAGAAAGUUCUAGAUAUGUUCAAUGCGCAAAUUCUUCCGACAGAUGAUAUCGUUGAGCUAGCGACGCCCGAGGACUAUGUUAAUAAAGUCACAAGUCCGCCGCAACCAGCUGAUCCAGAACACUCAAUUAUAGACCAAUUGAUGAAGUCAGCCGAGAUUAAGAAACAGAUGAAUGACGGAGAUGUGAACGGUUCGUUUGAGCGCGCGCUCUCUGCUGCCGACUUGUCGCUAGUGAUGGCGGCAUGUCGCGCCGCGGAGCCGCUGCACGUGUUCACGCCCCCGUGCCAGUUGCGGCAGCCAGUUCUAUUGUCGCUUGUCCAACAACUUGCCACUGAUAUGGUACACGACACAAUUCUCAAAUGCAGGUACAUUGAAGAUGCAAUAACGAAUUUGAACACGGCUCACCCUGACACCCGAGCAUACCUCCCCCUGGUCGUAGGAGAAGUUCGCAGACAUCUCACGAAGUUCCUUUCUUCAUUUCCAAACCAUGUUGCAAGCCGCAGAGUGGCGUUGAUCGUUAUGGCUGCAGAUAAUUUGUUGAAAUAAAUGUUGUUUAUUACUACAGA